AUGGAUGGACCUUCAAAGACGGUGACCUCGUGGUCAACGUUGGAAUUACAACUGAGGAAAAUUCUUUAUCAUCACCGGACCAGUGUGUCAGCUGCGAUCUCAUCAAUGGUCGCGACGAUGGCGGCAUUCCCACUAGAUUCCAUCAAGUCGCGACUUCAAGUGAACAAAUAUGAUUCAGUGGUGGAUUGUGUCAAGAAGACGUAUGUCGAGGAGGGCCCCAAGGGCUUCUAUCGAGGUAUAGCCAUCCCCAUGCUCACGAUCACGAUUGUACGGACAUUAAGCUUCACUAUCUACAAUGACACAAAGCAGUUUCUACACCAGCGCCAACUGGUCUCAACCUCCUCUGCUCGUGACAUUGCCCUCUCAGGUUUAGCUGGGGGAAUGUCGUCCGGGUUCCUAAUAUCGGUUGGAUCCUGCGCUUUUGAGUUGGUAAAAAUCCGAUCACAAUUAGAGUCCGCUAUCGCGGCUAAGCAAAAUCGACCGUUGAAGGAUAUCAACACUUGGAGAGGCGCGAGAGAAAUUAUCAGUUCACAUGGGCUAAAAGGUCUGUAUUUCGGCUUCAAUCUGCAUUGUCUACGCGAUACGCUCGGCACAGGGCUGUACUUCCUGGGAUACGACACUGCUCGGUUUUUCGCUGAGAAGAAGAUUGACGAGAUUGAGUAUCGAAGAUCGCUGGACUCAAAUUCAGAAUACGGCUUCGUCUUGCCAAGGUCUGCUUUGCCAUUCUUGUGUGGCUCGACUUGUGGUGUUACCAGCUGGUUGAUAAUCUAUCCCUUGGAUGUCGUCAAGAGUAGAUUGCAAAGAGAUGCAUUAGCGAGCUCAAUAGUCACGACCCACCCAACUCAUAAUUCACACAGCAUGAAUGGUCAACAAACAAGACUACCUACAACAAGAAACUCGUUUGGAUUCAAAGCUGCCUGGGAUCUAUUCCGACAAUUGAUCAAUAAAUCUAAUGGAGGUGGAAUCAAAGUCUUAUAUUCUGGCCUGUCAAUAUCUGCCUUCAGGAGCUUCUUUCAACAUGGUGUCAUGUGGACUAUUUUGGAGAGUGUCCGUAAUCAAAUUAAACUCUCGUGCGAGACUUGA